CUUUUUCUCAAGGAAAUAAGCCAUCAAUUUCACUGCCAUUACGUGCCAUGCAAAUUCCACGGCCACGUUUGGUGACUUCCGAACGCUCUCCCCUUCUCCUUCGUAUCCACGUGCAGUGCAGACCUUCGUUCAUCGGGUAAGCAAGCAUUGGAUUCUUUCGAUCUCCUCCUCCCCCUCUUUAACGCGUUGAGCGCAUCGUAUCGAUACGUAUCUGAGCAGAGAAACGAGGAGAUCAACCUUGGAAGGAAGAUGAGCAGCCUUCUUGCCCGUGGAUGCCGAUCCUCCACCUUGAAGUCGACGACGUCCGCUGCGCUGCCUGCGUUGGGCGACUACGCACGCGGUCGCAGGUACUGCGCGGAGAAGAAGGAUGAACCGCAAAGAGUGGUGGAGAAGGCGACGUCGACGGCCGAAGAGUUCCUGCGGCAAGCCAGGGAGAAGUCCGAAGCAGUCGGCGAGAGCGCCAGGGAAGUCGUGGAGGACGCCAAGGAAGCAGUUCUCGGCGAGUCAGAGGAGAGGAAGCAGCAGAAGGUGGAGAAGGGAAACUACGAUAAGUUCGGGAGGGACUAAUCGGGAUAUGUGAACAGUGCUUGUUCGAGGUGGCACGUCCAUCCAAAUAAAACCGCGCUCCAUCUCAUGGUUUCAUCUGAUGUUUGGGUGCCCGGAAAUAUUAUUACGCUUGUUUUUAUUGAAUAUAAUGGAUAGUAUUAAAUCGGA